CAUACCUGUAGUACUUCUACCAUGACAUGUUCCAUUUUUUCGUGCAAGAAUUUGCAUGAGAUUUCUAUAGCGUGGAGACACCGCUUAAAAUGGCCAAGAUGACUGAAGGAGUUAAUUGGGAAGAUUUUCGUAAACAAGCAAGACAAUUAGAGAAUGAUAUUGAUGCAAAACUAGUUUCAUUUAGUAAGCUUGGGCUUAAUGCUGCAUCCAUUCAAUCCCGAACUGAUGAAGCACCACUUCUUAAUGAGGAGCACAUUUUCGAGAACAUGGCAUCUGAGAUUGAGUCUUUGCUGUCCAAACUCUCUUCAAUAAAUGAAAAAAUGAGUGGGGUUCAAGCGAACGGAGCAGCAAUGCUACAUACAAUGCAACGUCACAAAGAAAUAUUGAAAGACUACAAAUUAGAAUUCAAUAAAAUCCAAAAUAAUUUCACCAGUAGAAAAGAUCGGGAAGAUCUAUUGGGCAGUGUCAGAAAGGAUAUUAAUAAUUAUAGAAGUGGUAGUGGCUUGAACAGACGAGAAAUGUAUUUGAAAGAAAAUCAACACAUACAUAACUCCGACCACCUUAUAAAUGACCAGAUAAGCAUUGCUAUAGAAACACGAGAUCAUCUGGUAAGCCAACGUCAAGCCUUUAAACGUAUUCAAACAAGAUUUAAUGAUCUGUCAAAUCGUUUCCCUGCAGUUAAGAGUCUCGUUCAAAAGAUAAGCAUUAGAAAACGACGUGAUUCUUUAAUUCUUGGUCUUAUUAUUGCUCUCUGCACGUUUUUAAUGCUUCUUUACUCGUUUCGUUAGUUUUUAUGAAUCCAUAACUUAAUUUUUUUUAAAUAAUAAACAUUAUGCUUGUUAAUCUCAAAGAUCAAUUUUUAUUUUCCUUCAAAACUAUAAUCAUUCGAAGUUUAUAGUAUACUAUAUUAAUACAAUUGUCAUGCAAAAUGUCAUGAUUAAUUAAUUUCAAAUUUUGAUAUUUAUGACGAACAGUGGGCUGUGAAAAAAAAGUUUUGAAUACAGAAAAUUUUGUGGAAAAAAAAGGGGUCUUUUGAAGAUUAAACUGUACAAAAAUAUAUUUUAUACGAUCCUGAUAAGUUUUUUUUCAGUCUUAUGUAUAUAAAAAUAAGUUUAGAAAAUUAAAAUAAAAUAAGGCUAAAAAUUCAAAGAGUU